AUGAACCAUGAGCCUGCGUCGUCGCUUCCGCUCGACGAUGCGACCAGGAGAGAGCGCCUGCAGCGCAACAAGGCCACCUUCAACAAGAAGCGACAUGCUUUCUUGCAGGACCUGCUGCGCAACAUCGACCUUCUGAUCUAUGCCGAGCUGUCUGCCGUCUACUACAUGGACUGCUCCUUCACGCGCUUCCUAGUCCGGGCCGCUAUACAAUUCAUCUUCUUAACACCCAAACCUGCCUUUCUUCCCGAACCUCCGCAUCCCAGGCCCUACCUCGCUGCCAUCUUUGGCUCCAACUUGCUGAUCAUCCUCUUGCACAUCGUCCUCGACCGUCCCGAGGCUAGCGAGGCUACCAGAGGCUACCUGCAUGGCGGUCUGGCUAUGGAUUUUGUUGGCCAGAAAGGCCCCACAUCAAAGUUACAUCUAGUCUUGCUGGACAUUCUGAUACUGCUCAUGCAGCUUGUUCACCUGGCCGCAACCACGACUCGUCAGCGAGUCAAACAACAGACUUCGGCCACCACAACCCCUCCAACAGCAGUCCAGAAUCACGACUUUGAGGAGCGAGGCCAGCUCAGAUCCGACCAUCAGCCAGUUGAUCAAGAGCUGCACUCGCUAAACCAAACUCGCGACUCGUCAGCAAACACCGAGUCGUUCGUUGAGCCAGAAGCAGAGUCUGACGAGAGGCAGGCUUUGUUGGCUUCGACGGCGCCUCGCACAGAUUCCUACAUCUUUGACGCCUUCAACAGCGGUGAGAUUAUGAUUGCCCAUCUCAAUCUCUUUGAUGUGAUCAAAACACAGCUCAAGGAGAUGCGUGACCCCGGUCAAUCCACAAGCACCGCUCCUCCUACGAGCAGCGGUCUACGUGCUAGGCUGGCGGACCGCAGUGCCUUUUUCCGAAUGCGGAUUGGUGGUGACCGUGUUUUCAAUGUCUAG